CAAAAAAUCACGUCGGCUGGCUUCUAGCUACCUUCUAGCUACCAUAGGCUGGCUAUAAGGCUAUAAGCUGAGUGAUGAAUGCUAGGGCAUUCAAAACGUUUAUGCGCCAUAAGUACUAUAGAAUUCUCUUCACAAAUGAGCGACGAUACAAAUUCACUCAAGUAACUCCUCAGAGCAAUGCUCACUACUGCAUGGAUAUUCUGAAGAAAUAUGAUUAUGAAAACUUUCUCUGCUGUCUUUUGCUGCCAAAAGACAUUCGUCGCAGUGCAAUAAGUAUUCGAGCUUUCAACGUUGAACUCUCACAGAUAAGGGACCUCGUUUCAAAGCCAGAAAUUGGACGCAUGAGGAUUCAGUUCUGGAGAGAUGCACUUGAAAACAUUUACAACGAAAGCCCUCCACAGCAACCUGUUGCAAUGGAGCUCGCACUGGCGGUGCAAUCCAAACGGCUGUCCAAGCACUGGUUGAAUAGAAUGAUUGAUUCCAGGGAGGACUUAAUUACAGAUAGACCUCACACAACUUUGCAAAAUGCAGAAGAUUAUGCAGAGAGGAGUAUAUCAUCAACAUUAUAUUUAAUCCUGCAAGCAUCUGGUAUACAAGAUGUGCAGUGCGAUCAUGUUGCUAGCCACGUUGGGAGGCUCCAAGGUCUUACAAAUCUUAUUCGUGGGGUUCCUUUCAAUGCUUCAAGAGGAAGAGUCUAUCUGCCUAUAGAAACAAUGGCCAAGCAUAAGGUUUCGCAAGAAGCAGUGGCUCAAGGAAAGGGUGACGUCAAAGAGGUUAUAUACGAAAUUGCAAGUGCUGCUCAUCAGCACCUGGAGACUGCUCGAAGUCUCCAGCACAAGGUACCACUCUCCCUGAGGACAGUGUUCUUGCCAGCGGUGUCAUCUGACAAGUAUCUACAGAGGCUGCGCUUAGCAGAUUUCAACGUGUUCGACGCCAGGCUCCAACAGCGAAACCACACCCUUCCCUUAGCGCUCUGGACGCAUAAGUUCUUCAAGAGAUAUUAGGUGAAUUAAUUUAUAAGGCUUCUGAAGGCACGAUAUCCGAGCAUCAAGAGCAAUGAUAUAUUGUAAGCACAUGGACGUCGACCCAAUCUGAAUGUUGUUUGUGGAAAUAAAAUGCCAUUUUAUUGGUAGUACGAUUCUG